AUGGUUCAAAGAAUUGUUCUAGGCAAGCUUGGUAUCCAAGCUGAUCAUGUCAAAUCUGACAAGUGCUUGGCAAACCUAAAGCCAUCUUUCUCUCAGCACCAAGAUGGCAAAACCAGAGAAACUGAUAAGAUGAAGAAAAUGUUGAAGUCAAGGUCCUUUCAGCUUUCUGAUUUCAAGCCUUCUCAUUCAUCGUCUUCGAUAAGGAGCUUAUCCCAACAAAGAAAGCCACCACCUCUUCAAGUUCCAAUUGCUGGAGCAUCCCCACAACAGCAAAAGGCUUUGGUCAGAAGGUCACCCCAUUACAUGAAGUCCACUAGCAGUUCAGAAGCAAAAAAGGAGAUUUUGUCGGUUAGUCAUCGGAAUAAUCAAUCCAGUUCAGAUGGUAAGAUUCUACCACAAAAAUGUAUAAGAAAUUUAAAAACUAGUUUCGUUUCUUGCAAAGAACCUGCAAAAGCUUUGUCUAGAUCAUGUAGUUUGAAUUCAAUGAGAACAUUAACAAAGAAUCCUAGUUUUAAAUCUUGUAAAGCUUGUUCAAAAAAAUUCACAUCAGCAGCUCUGUUUAAAGAUGUGAAUGCACCAGAGAGGGCUACCUGCUCUUCAACUUUAAAAGACUAUAACUUUCCCGAGUACCUUAUGCUUCACCCUGAAGGAACCGAGUCUGAGGGAGUUUCAGUGAUGAAGGUUUGCCCAUAUACAUACUGUUCUCUUAAUGGUCAUGGUCAUGCUCCUUUGCCUCCAUUGAAGAGCUUCAUUUCAGCAAGGAGGAAUAUGAAGCUGGAAGCUGUGAUUCCUCAAAGAUGGAAGGUGCCCCCUUGUGAUACAAAACAAGACUCUGGUGUUGAGGAGAUUGUUUUUCAUGGAAAACCUGAAUGUGAUGAAGCUGAUACAAGUAAUCCAACAAUCACUCCCUUGGCACAAGAAAUUGGUAUGGAUUUAUUUUUUGAAAUCCAUGCUAAAGAAAGGGAAGGAACUGACGAAAUGAGAAAAUUCAACUCUGGCAAAGACCUAAAAGAACACGAUAUCAAUUUUCCAAAGGACGAGAAUGGCUAUGCAACAGAAGAGGAUGGUGUCAAGCAAGUUAGUCCAGGUAUGACUCAUGAUCUCCCAAAGGCUCAGAUCAAUUUUGAGGAGGAUUUCAAAACCUACUUUACUGCUGCUGCUGUAGAAGCAAAUAGCAAAGGGAGCCUUCAUCUAGGACAAGCUGUUGAAGAUGUAGAGGAAAACCACCCACCUAGCUGGUUUCAUGAAAAAACCUGUACAGGAAGCUACUGCAAUGAGGCUAAAUAUGACGGGGAACACAUGGAGGAUAUUGAAUUGGAUGAGUCUAAUUCCCAAUGCCGGGAGGAGGAACAUUUCCGUGAAUUCAGCUAUGAAGAUGAUACUGAUUCUUCCACCUGCUCAAUGGAGAAGAUCAACUCAAAACUCAAGGCCUUAUCAGAGAGUUCGCAUGAUAUAUCUGAAAUGUGGUUAGAUGACAUCUUUAGCAGCCAUUAUGCAGACAUUCUGGUUGAAGAGGUGAAACUCCAAGAAGCCCAAGAAGAGAGGAGCAUCUGUUUUGAAGCACAGCCUCAUUGCACUAAUUUUGUCCUGGAAGACUCAAGUGAAAACAUGAAGAUAGUGAUUCAAGAAAAAAAUUACCCGUUCAAAGGUAUAAAUUGUGAGUAUGACCAACCUACUUUGACUGAGGAAGUAUUUCAGAAUCUAACAAAUGCAAAAGAUAACAACAGGGAAAAUGAGAAACAUUUGGAUUAUGAGGACGGUUGUGUUUCAAUGGUACUUGAUGAAGAUACAUUAGAAAAUAGUCAAGGCCACAGGACUAGUGAAAGUUGCAAGAUUGAUGAUAGCUGUGAAGACAAAGAUGCAACAAGCCUCGAGAAUGAUGAUCAUGAAUUUAACCAGGAGCACCUAAUUCACAUGUCUAAAGUGCCUGAGAAAAGCAACAUUAUUGAUCAGGAGCAGAAAUUAUUAGAGGAAAAUAAAGUUCAAGGUAGUAAGCUGAAGAGCACAGGUGGUGAAAAGCAGCACACAAGCAAGAACUGGUACUGGGGAACUAAGCGCAAGAGACCUGUGGAAGAGGACGAAGAAAUGAGAAAGAUCAAUCCACGAAAGCCAAAUUUCCUGCCCUUUGUUUCGGAACAAGAACCAGAGAAAGUUUACCUGAAGCACCAAAUGAUAGAUGAAAGAAAAAAUGAAGAGGAGUGGAUGCUUGAUUUCGCACUCAGACAAGCUGUCACAAGACUUGCUCCAGCAAGGAAAAGGAAAGUGUCAUUGCUAAUUGAAGCUUUUGAAACAGUAGCGUCAAUGCCCAAAUGCGAAGCUCAUAUGAGAAAUGAUGCACCCUUCGCUCAUGCAAGACCUAUUCAAGCGUGUAGCUGA